CGCAUUCGUGUGUAGAGUGGCUGCGCGCUAUGACACCCGUGACUCCAGAGCGCGAGCUGGGCUUUCGGCUUUGACAGUCAGUCUUGUCAUACAUCGUUUCGAAAGAUGUUGGGUACGGACGACCACAGGGACAAUCUGAAACGGAACGGGACAGGAAUGAAGCGUCCGUUCAGCCCACCCACUGAAUUAGAGAUGGAGGAGGACAGGAGCGGGUUAGGAGUGGGGAUGGGGUUGUCUGUGGACAGCGAGGUGUGCUGUGACCCCCAGGAGGAGGGUGUAGUCCUGGGGGAGCAGCCAGGACCAGUUGGGGGCGCCCUGCCCUCCUCUGACCACAGCAGGCCCAAGAGGGAGAGGAAGCAGCGCAGUUACACAGUGUGUGACGUGUGUAACAUCCAGCUCAACUCCCCAGCCCAGGCCCAGAUACACUACAACGGCAAGUCUCACCAGAAGAGACUCAAACAGAUAAGCAAUGGGAAGAUCCAGCACGGCAACACAGGCACCUCUGCCCAGGGCAACCCCCUCCUGGCCUCCCUGCCUGUUCCGGGACGGCCCCUGCAGCCCCACCUCGACCUCAAGCACUUCCUGCCCUUCAGGCUCAAUGGAUCGUCCCCCCUCAGCCUCUUCCCUAACUUCAGCACGAUGGACCCGGUGCAGAAGGCGGUGAUCAACCACACGUUUGGCGUCCCUCAGCCACUCAAGAAGAAACAGAUCAUCUCCUGUAACAUCUGUCACCUGCGCUUCAACUCCACGAACCAGGCAGAGGCACACUAUAAGGGGCAUAAACAUGCCCGGAAGCUGAAAGCCAUGGAGACCCAGAAGAACCGUCAGCGUCGACUUGGAGAAGCCACGACCACAGGCAGGGAGAGAGACCGGGAACGAGAACGGGACAGGGAGAGGGCUAAGACUGCUGCAACUAUUACACUUCCCACUGAGACCCUCCCCACACUCAUGGACACUGGCCCGAUGGAGGCAACGAAUCUGCUGCCUGCUGACCUGGAGCGAGUGGUGAAUUGUGAGGCUGUGAAGCUGGGCAAGAGCCCCGGCAGCAGCAGCUCUGUGAUGCUGACCCCUGUAUCUGAGGUGUCCUCCAUGGAGCUGGCCACCCUGUCACCCGGGCCCCAGGGAGAGGUGUCCCACUCCUCCCAGGCCUCAGAGAGCGGAGCCUCAGACACCAGUGGCCAUGAGCAAGGCCCAGAGGCCCCUGGAACAGCCCCGGAGUCAGGCAGCCAGCCGGACACCUCCAGCACAGAGGGGGGUGAGGAUGACAAGGACCCCAAGAGGAUCAAGCCACACCUCCACUGUCCCGUGUGCAAGGUCACGGUCAACUCUACAUCCCAGCUGGAGGCACACAACAGUGGUACGAAGCACAAACAAAUGCUGGAGGGCCAGAGCAUCCAGCCGCGGCGCCGGGGGAAGAUGGCGGGGGCUGGGGGGCGCUCGGCCUGCAAGAGCAAGCGCCUGGGCACAAAGGGCAGCGUAGGGGUGCCCAGCAAGAACUUCCACUGCGAGGUGUGUGAGAUCUACGUCAACUCGGAGACCCAGCUCAGCCAGCACAUGAACAGCAGGAGACACAAGGACCGUCUGGCAGGAAAGCCCCCCAAACCCAAGUUCAGUCCCCACAACAAGAGCCAGCCUACCUCCAGCUUAUCGAAUGUGAGAUGGGCUGGGUAUGCAGGCGGGGCCGUGUCUGCCAUGAAGAAAAUGUUCAGCCAGUACAACCUCACCUCUCUCUCUACUCAGACCAAACUGGCCUUCCAGAAGCAACUGACCAAGAGCCUGACCACUGGCUUCCUGCCCAGCCCCCUCACCCAACCCACCUUGUGCACCAUGGCAACCAAUCCUCUGGCUCUGCGCCACCCGGCGGGCACCACCUUCUUUCAGACGCCCUUCCUGAGCCCCACCCUGUUCCGGCCUGCCCCGGGGCCCCUGAGGGCCACACACCCCUCCAUCAUCUUCUCCCCUUAUUAAUGACACAGUACGGCCCCCCGUCCCUCUGUCCCCCUCUACCAACCCCCUUGCCCUGCCUCCAGUACUGUGACCCACAUGAUGAGGGCCACGCCACGCACAAACUAUGCAGACCACAGGAACCAGGAUGGAGAGAACAGAGAGAACGAGGCUAACAACUGCUCCUGUCAUGGAGGACACACCCCCAAGUCCAAGGCCCCGCCUCCUCUCCACCACGCCCCAUCUGUCUGCUCUUUCUCCUGUGGUUGGUGGCCUGAGGAACAGGACACACCUCCAGGGACAGACUGGUGCAGCCAGGAGGCCUCUCUCUUACACAGCCAUUUCAUGGGUCGAUUUGGUUUGGAUUCUUAAUAUUAUUGUGUAAUUUAUUAGAGAACAAAAAUAGAUGUAUCUGUUUAGUGUGGUUGCCACAAAUAAGGUCCCUUUACGUCAUGCUACUCCUCAGAACAUUGUUUCUAUUAUUGGUUGGCUUGCUUUUUGUUGUUAUGGGUCGAUAUAGGGGAUGCUAGCAGGUGAGCCCAAUGCUCUCUGAGCUUGUGACUUUCUUCAGCCAUAUGUGGAGCUGCAGAUCUGCAGUCCUACGGACCCAAGUCUAUGAGUGGGAUCUGUCAGAACUAUAUGAACUCAUAUUUUUCCACCAACACCCUUCCACCAAGCCCCUAUCUCCCAAACCGUUACUGGGCUCUUGUCAUUGGAAGCCAGAGCUCUCAAUUGAUGUGUAGAAUAGAUGAUUAAGCCCUUUCUCUCUCUCUCUCCCUCUCUCUUUCUUUUUCUCUUUCUUUCUCUCCCUCUCUCGCUCUCCCUCUCUCUUUCUUUUUCUCUUUCUCUCUCUCUCUAUGAGUCACAGCCCAACAUGGCCUUUCAUAAUUCAUUUUUUACCCUGCAUCCCCAGAAUUAAGCACUCAUUAAGGUCCUGAAAAGGUCAGCUUGUCAACUUGAUUUUGUCUCAAGUUGCAGAUCUGCCUCAUUAAAUAUCUUUGCUCCGUAGCAGUGCUGGUGCAUUGGUUCUGACUGUCUCUAUUUCUCCUGUUGCGGAACAGGCAGCACAAAAUCAUUUUUAAAAGCCUAGCUGUCUUAUAUUAUAAUCUGCCAUGGUUCCCUGUAUCCCAGUGAUUUUAUAGUGCUUGAUCCCCCAAUUGUACUCCCUGAGCCAUAGUCCUUAAUUUUCUCUUGAGCUAUCUCAACAGGAGCUGAUGGGUAGCAGUGAAUGACAAUUUCCCCUUGCUCAAAAAAACCACUAAGGGGUGGAAAUUACUUGAUGGGUUUACAAUCCUCAAUUAAAGGUUUCCACUGUGCAGAGAGAUGUGUGGGUGAUGGGGGGUGUGAGAACACAUUUCCCAGAUCACUGAUUGGCUCAUCAGGAAUGGAGGGAAAGAAACAAAGCACAGUGCCAUGGCAACCACAUUAAAAGCACCUUAAACAGAUUUACUUAUGAAAGCAAUGAAAAUAUGUUCUAGUUUUUUGUUGUUAUUCCUGGUGUGAUUUUUCAUAAACUCAUGCCAGUUUGAUUUAGCAUUUUUCAAUCACACAAACAAUCAACUUAUAACGAUUCAAUUUUAUUGUUGUUAUUAUCCAUGAGACGGGUCUGAAUCUAAAUCUCAGAUCUAGUUACAUUUUUAAAGCAAUACGUUCAAUCAAUGUGUCUAUGUUUAGAAGGGUUAUACAGUAAGAGAAUAUAGGAUGUGGAGAGAUGGCUCUAUCUGAUUCUGAACAAUGUAUCUGUACCUCUACAGAUGUUCUACAGCCUACCGUACUGUAUUUGAAAGGCCAAUUCCAAGUGGCCAGUGCUAAGAGUAAUUUGAACUGAUGGGCUGUUGUGAUCCGUUUUUCCUUGAUGGUCAAUCUCAUUGUCAUGAUGCUUCAGCCCUCUCUCUGUGUUGACAUUGCUGGGCUUUCACCGUACAGAGGAGCAGGACACAGCUAUUAUAUGGAUUACACAGAACAGCCAGUGUUAUUGAUGUCGCAAGUGCAGUAGAACACAUAAUCAUAUUCCCAUACCCCUCUCUCCUAAACAAGUAGACCCACCUUGAAACAAACACUCAAUUGCCCCCACCAGACCAGACCCAAUACUUGGGUCUCCUGAUUUAUCCCAACACCAACUCUCUUCGCUGGUUUAUUACCAAACCCAACACUUACACCCAACCUGUCUACUUUAGCAACAGCAAAAUGGGGGAAAUCCUACGCAGUUUUGUUGUUCCCUUCAGUUCAGUCAGUGCAAUAGUAUUUCCAUGUGUGUGACGCAGCAGCUCCACCUGCAGUGAAGACCAUGUUAUUGCCCUUCUAGAUCAAACCCAGCACUGUCUCUCCUCCAUCUUUUUAAAUCUCUUUGAUUCUGUACAUGUUUCUGAGGCCUUUGUCUUUGGGAAUAUUAAACCAAGCCAUCAGGUCUCUUUGCCAUACCAAUGUGAUUCUCUCCAGUCACAGUAAGUUACUCAGUGAACCAGCCAGCCUAUUGCUCUCCAGUGUCUGUCUGUCUGUCUGUCUGUCUGUCUGUCUGUCUGUCUGUCUGUCUGUCUGUCUGUCUGUCUGUCUGUCUGUCUGUCUGUCUGUCUGUCUGUCUGUCUGUCUGUCUGUCUGUCUGUCUGUCUGUCAUUACAUGGGAACUCUAUGGUAUUCAGACAUUUUAAGGACAUUUUUAUUAAAUAAAUACAUCUAGAGAAGGCAAAUUAUCUAUGUAGAAAAUAUAGAGUAAAUAUAGACAUUUUAUCAAAGUUGCUAUUGUUAUCUUUAUCUUGCUGAAACGCUAUCUUAGCUGAGGGUAGACUGUUGAUGUAUGCUACAGCAGACACACGCUGUACAUGGAAAGGAGAAAUACUUUGCUUGUUUUUUCUGUUUGUUUUAUUUACAUGGUUUUACUGUACUUGUUUUUGAACCUACAAAAGAGACAAAUGUUGAAUCGGAAAAAUGGUCGAGUGAUUUUUUUUCUUCUUGUUCAACGUUGAACUGAAUUAUGGAAUUGAAUUAUUGGCGCCACAACACAAUAGAUGUGGAACAAAACAAAUGCCUUUCAGAUGUAAUUAUCCAGUAUAUCCCAAGAGUGUCAACCACUGGUCAGUUUCUGGCCUUCUCUGGGCUUACAGUUUCAGCUACAUUAAUGCCAUACAAUCAUCCACACAAUCAGAGCCUCUCAAACUUCAUCGCCGUAGCGACGGGUCAUACACUGUAAUUGUGGAUGAAGUGAAAUAAUAGCCAUACAGAACAGGACUGGAGAAGUUUGGACGUAAGAUGUCCAGACACGGAAUAUGACGAUCGUAUAGGAGGACAUUGUGGUGUGUCCGUGUCUCUCUUUUUCACUCCUCCGUCCCUGUUCACAGCCAAGGGAACCACGGACAAUAGACCAGCCCAGAUACAGAGCUCAGUCCUGGGUAUGAUAAGGGAUGUGUCCCAUUUAUUAUAGAAAGAGACACCAUGGAUAAAACAAAGCACUGUGAUCACAUUCUCUUCAAUUGCAGUGUGGUGAAAUGUCAAUUAUCUAUCAGUCUACCAGUGACCCAUUUCUUUCAGUAAAAGUACAUGUGCUGUAUGUAAUGGCAAGCUAUGAAACUACAAGGCAGCAAUGUUGACUGAGGCUACUGCCUGUGAGGUGGGAGGAGCUGGCGUUUCUCAGAACUGAGUUUCCUGGUAAAGGAUCUGCAUAUCACUGAUGUCAAAGCACAGCUCUCAUUUUCCCCUAUUUUAGAAGUUAGACUUCACAGCAGACAUUCAACACUGCAAAGAUAAACACAUGAAGGUGAAUGGAGAAAGGUGUCGGUCCCCAUCUGAGUCCUGCCUCAUUAGCCCUGUUUAUACCUGGUUCCAACCUGCUGCCUUUGUCCUGAUAUUGGUAUCAUUCUGAUUGUGCCCACAUUUUUAGAGAAGUGUAGACAAUUAAAAGACGCAUUGUGAUCUGAUUGUGAUCAGAUCUUAUAAGUGUAAACAGACAAGAUCAGGACAAGAUCAGGAUGAAGGUGGCAUGUUAACAGCAGGUAUAAACAGGGCUAUUGUCACAGAAAGGAGUGGCAUGCCGAGGAACAACGGUCUGGAUGAUAAUCUGGAUUAUCUGCACAGUAUUCACAUCCAGAUGGUUUCAGUGGGCAGAACAUCAUAACAUCAUACUCUGGAGAGGCUCCAGAUAAUGGAGAGAGAUUAGGUUCUGAACAAUAUCAUGGAACGGUACUGGAUUCUGGACCACCACCACAGCUCAGCGCUGUUCUUCACAGCUUUUCUCUGUCCUUCGUGUACAGAGCAGGUCCUGUGUCAUGUGCUCUUGUCUGAACUGAAGCCAGAGUCAGUCUCUUGCCAUAAUAACGGCAAUCAUCAAAGCCGCAUCUGUCUGGAGACUCUUCUGGACUGUAAUAAACGGUAACAAGCAUACCAUAAUGAAUGGUGAAUUUUGUUCAAUCAGCUAUUGAUUUGUUGGCUUCCCAUCCAUGUCCUUGUUUAUUGGAAGGGGAGCCCGUUCUCAUAAUGUAGUUGGACAGCAAUGUUGUUCUCACUACCACUGUAAGGUCCUUAUGCCAGCUCUCCCCGUGUGGAAACGUUAGGUAAGCACAAACACACCUCUCCCAUGUCUGAAGCCAGUGAUGACAAAAGAAACUAGGAACCUUGCCAGACCUCUCCCCAAACCCCUGCAAUGAUAUAUUGAUCUCUACCUGAAUGCUUUGGAGUGACACCCGUUUCUUUUGCUGUGGUUGUCAGUCUGUCAGUCCCUGAGUCCUCCCUCUCUGUAUCAACCCCACAGGGACACGGAGUCAGUUCAGUGUGUAUGUCAAGUUAUACAGUACAUGUCAAUAUUUAUUUUUUACCUUUAUUUAACUAGGCAAGUCAGUAAAGAACAAAUUCUUAUUUUCAAUGUUGGCCUAGGAAUAGUGGGUUAACUGCCUUGUUCAGGGGCAGAACGACAGAUUUUUACCUUGCAACCAAAAGGUUGCAAGUCCAACGCUCUAACCACUAGGCUACCUGCCGCCCCAAUAUCUGCGACUGCUUGGCUGCAUUUAGACAGGCGGCCCAAAUCUGAUAUUCUUUUUCACUAAUUGGUCUUUUGACCAAUCAGAUCAGCUCUGACAAAAUUCCUGAUGUAAAAAUCUGAUGUGAUUGACCAAAAAAACAAUUCAUGGGAGAAGAAAAAAACAGAAUUGGGCUGCCUGUGUAAAUGCAGCCCUUGUGUUCCAUUUAAAGCCAAUGGUACAUUACAAAACAUGUACUACGAUGUAGAAGAUAUUCUAUGAGGGGACAUGGCCAGUAUUUAUUGUAACACCUUUGUCACUAUGUUCACAGUACAUUUGAUUACAAUGAUCUUUAUGAUGUACAAUAGGAAUUGUAAGGUGGAAUAGAGAGUAAGAUAUUUUGAUAAGCUAUUGAGUCUUUGCUUUAAAUGUUUGUUUUUUCCAUCUGUAUAGAUAAUGCCAGGUUGGAUAUGAAUGACAGAGAAAUAAAUGGGAGAGAGAGAAAUAGACAGAGGGAGAAGUUGGAUAGGGAAAUAAAUCGAUUAGAUCUUUCA